AUGGCAAUUGAUACACGUGGUGCACUGGAUAGGGAAGGUUGUUCUGAAUGUAGAUGUGACUUGUUUAAUCUCCCAAAGGACUUUUAUAAUGUCACAAAGGGAGUUUAUGGCCAGCCAUUGACCACAGAUUAUAAGGGAGGAAUGUUUUGUUGCAAAGACAACUUUCAAUGCAAAUUGAAAGAGGUUUUUCAAGGCCCAAGAAGAAAGUUUUCCCUAAGAUACAAAAUAAGGUGGGUUGAUUGGGAUGAACACCAAAUUCCUGUGAAGAUUUAUGUACUUGAUUCAACCGAUCAGGUGAGAUCAAAUGGUUCCAAAGUAGUCCAUGAGUGCCAGGUAGAAUAUACUAUUCCCGCAAAUGAUAGCAAUGACUCUCCUCAUGUCCAGAAAGCAAACAUCACAAUGGAAAAAGGUGGUUAUCUCAUCUAUGUCGCUGCUCAUAUGCAUUUCGGUGCUAUUAAUGCAACUCUAUAUGGACAGGAUGGAAGGGCUUUAUGUACCUCAAAACCAAAAUAUGGAAAGGGAAAGAAAGUAAGAAAUGAGAAAGGUUACGCGAUUGGCAUGUCCGUUUGUUAUCCAAAACCAGGUUCUAUCAAGAUUAAGAAUGGAUGGAAGGGCUUUAUUACCUCAAAACCAAAAUAUGGAAAGGGAAAGAAAGUAAGAAAUGAGAAAGGUUCCGCGGUUGGCAUGUCCGUUUGUUAUCCAAAACCAGGUUCUAUCAAGAUUAAGAAUGGUGAGACUUUGACCAUGGAAUCAAGAUACAAAAGUGGCUUUCGAACUGGAGUUAUGGGACAAUUCAACAUCUAUUUGGCAGAGCGAUUACCACUCUCGACAUAG